AGGAGAGAAACAGAGAUACAGGAGCUCUAUUUGUUCACAGGGCUAUUCAAACACCACUGGUUUAAGAAAGCCAGGGCGUGGAGUGCUGUGGGAUUGGCGCGCCGCUAGAGCACUACCCUAACACUUCCUCCACACAGCUCACCACCAGCAGAUCCAUCCUGCCUGGAGGAAGCAACACCCCGGCUGGGCUGAGGUCCUGUGGGAAGGCAGCCGAGACAGGCAAGGCGAUCUGAGCCGAGCCGUCUGCGCACCGGGCUUCCGUUUGGGCAGACGGACAGGGGCAGGUGCAGCAGGAGGAGAGGGGAGUUCUCCCUGAGCAGAACGGAGAGGAGAGGAAGCGCACGCCACUCCAGAGAGGAAUUCUGAAACAGCUGCCCGGCAGACGUUCUGACUGUGAAUAAAACGCACGCACGAGGGCAGAGAGAGAGAAGAAGAGAGAGCGAGAGAGAGAGAGAGAGAGAGAGAGAGAGAGAAGAAAGUGCAGCACACCACACCACCCUGAAGUUGUGUAUAAUUUUUGGAACACAUUUUUCAAAAGACAAGCCACAGAACAAGAGGAAAAGAAAGAUUACUCCAAAGAAGACACAUAAACAGAGAUGUAGCUGUUUCUCCCCAGUCCUUCUCGCAACUGAUCCUGCUUAGGUUUAUCAACUCUCUCAGACCGAUGCAGAAUCCAGCUGGAUCCUAUCAGAACAAACCAAACAGGAGCCACGGAGGCUUUUAGCUGACCAACGCUCAGGCCAUUUGCCAUUCACAUCAUCAAAGUGUUGUAUGAUGAUCAGAGCUCAGCCCUACAAUUUCUACAACUAAAAUUAAGGUAAUAGACAUCUGGCCAAUAGGACCAAGUCAUCGUAACUGCCAUAGUGCAGAUUGGGAACAUUUUCACUGUAGUCCUAAAACCAUCACCUCUCUGAGAAUGUAACUCUUCUCCAGCCCUGGGGAGAACUGUUGAUUCGGCAGCAUACGGCCACGGGCUUUGAAAGCAUUUCUCUUCAUCUUCUCUUCUGUCGCGGGUUUGCUGCUCUGAGAAAGAGAUGCCUGCCAAAACUCCCAUUUACCUGAAAUCCAACAACCACAAGAAAGGCAAGAAAUGUAGACUAAGGGACAUUUUGUCCCCAGACAUGAUCAGCCCUCCACUGGGGGACUUUCGCCACACCAUCCACAUCGGGAAGGGAGGUGAGUGUGACACUUUUGGUGAUAUGUCCUUCCUACAGGGCAAGUUUGAGCUUCUGCCAGGCAAGGGCGGCAUGAUUCGACCCCAGUAUGGAACUCAUGGCGAGUUCACGAGGGCUAACAGUGCAUCGGACGCCUCCUUUAUCGAGACACCUUCGCCAAUCCUGAAGAACGCCAUCUCCCUCCCAACCAUCGGAGGCAGCCAAGCGAUUACCCUGCCUCUUAUAUCCACCACCAUCUUCCCCAUGACCCAAGAUCCUCUUGAUGGGUUGGCUGGGCUGCCCACGCCUGCCAGCUCAGAGGAGAGAGAUGACCUGGAAAUCCUGAAAAUGGAGACCCUUCUUCAGUCCAUCACAGUUUUCAGACGUGAUCCCAGCCCUGUUCCAGAGGAGGUCGUUGAGAAACCCACAUUCACUAUCAACCUCACAGAGAAACCAUCAGCAAAGAAAACAACCUGUCACAACAAUAAGCACAACACUGAGAACAAGAAGCCCGAGAAGCUGUUAAAGGCGAUAUUAUACAACGGUAACAGCAACGAAAAUGGCAACAGCAAUGGCAAUAGCAGCUGGAGCAACGACUACAGUCACAGCAACGGUGACACAUUCUUUCCGUAUGAGAGAGAGCUGGCCGGUCUCAACGGGGAUUGGGCAGGCAGAGAUAGUGGUAUGGAGGAGGGACGCAUUUGUGACUUUGACUUUGAGCUCUCCAAAGGCAAGAGUGCAUCUCAGGAAUCUGUGAGCCAGGUCAAUGGGUCCCUGCUCUCCCUUGAACUGGACCUGGGCCCAUCCAUCCUGGAUGACGUCCUCAACAUCAUGAGCAGGCCUGAAUCUUGAACAGAGCCACUGACAGUUGCACUACUCACAAUCGAGGGACUUGCCCGACUAAUCAUCGCACAAGGCCUGGAAUAUGGAUGUCCUAAUGAACUGAAAAGGCAAAUGUGCCUCGGUUAUCUCUCUCUCAGUAUGUUUUUACUCCCAGCUUCAACUUUCUUUGCUUACCAGUUGUUUGUUUCUCUUCUACUGCAGAGCAUAGGAAAAUGCAUGCUUUAAAAAAUUAAGGCAAACUACACACAGCCAUUGUGCCUUUUAUGUCACUGUUAGAUCAAAUGAAGAAUUAAGACUCUUUGGUGAGUUCCAUCGUAGGUGUAAAUUAAUGAGAUUCUGUUGUUCACUAAUGCACAAUAUGAUAAUCAACAAGAUAAUACUUCUCUAUGAGAUGUACAGCUGUGUGAAUUAUUUCCAGGUGUAGCCUACAUCACAGUCCCCUGUGCAGAUAUAUUUAUACUGAAUGUUUCAUUAACCAUGCUACACAGGCGUCGACACAUAUACGUACGUUUUUACUGUGUGGAGCUAAAUAUGAAAUAAAUAAGUAAAUGAAUAAGUCAUCCUUUUCGAGAAGUCCCAUGGUGUUUCUAUAAAUUAUGCAUAUGUUCAAAUCAUUCGGGGCAAUAUUUGUCAGUCAGGCCACGAGACCUUAAAUCUGUGAUGAAAAUGUCUGCUGACAGGGUAUCAGGUAGCAUGAGAUGAUAAGUAGGGCAAAACCAUCCUCUCCAUUUCGCCUCUGGCAUUCCUCUCAUUCCCCAGUGCUGCCAUGCAGUGGGAUCCGAGGUGGGCGAGCAGCGCAUCGUCUCCAUACCCAGAUGCCUGCGCCAUUUGCUUGCAUGUUGCUGGAACAGAGAGAAGACAGGGCGAAUCUUUAGCAUUCCCCGCAUUCCAGUUUGGCGACACAAGUGCCCUGGACAGGCCGUAAAAUAAAUUGCCAUGGCAACGGGCCAUGCCCUGUAGUCGAAGUUUGGAUCGUAAAUACUGACUGCUAGAGGCCAAACUUAGAUCACACUCUUCGUGUUGAUCAACUACUGCCAUGAUAAAAAAAAAAAAAAAAGUUGUCAGCUAAGCAACAUUGAGGCGUGGGACCUAGAACCAGACAGGUGUAGUUCAGCUCAUCUGCAGACUGUUAAUGUUUCUGUCCUUUCUUUCUGUUCAAUAGUGGUCAGAGUUGCCUUGUUUUACAGUGUACAGUGAAACAGUGAAAGGAAGCUGCAAUUUACUGGUUAUAGUAAUUAUUGUAAUGGAAAUUCUAAUGCCAAUUUUCUUUGCCCCCAAAUGGCUUUUUUUCUUUGAGUAGUGAGUGGAAGAGAACUUUUGUCUGUAUUAAUGCUAUUGGCCUCGUGGUGAAUCGAUAUAAGUAGGGAUGUCAUCCACUGCUUCACACUUCACACUCCACCUGCUUGAUUUUAGUGUUUGGAAACUCAUGUAAUAUGUACACCAUUACUUUAGUGCGCUGCGUUGUUUUGCAUGGAUGCAGUUUCAUUUCCUACAUUGCCCUUCUCCAUGAAUAAACACACGGUUGGUCAGCAAG